CACAUUGACACUCUCGUUUCUUACGAAUAAAAGUGUAAGUCAGCAAAUUUGUUUUGGUACGUUUAUUUAAAACUUGAUUUGUCAGCGUUUUUUGCAGUAACUUCACUGCAAUUCCGCAAUGUCUACCGCGAGCGUGAGAACACCUGAUGGAUCCCAAUUCAACAUUGACGAUCUGAAUCAAGGGGAUCUGAAACGAAUCAUUGCUGUUCAACAGAGGGACAUCAAAGUAAAAAAUGAAAGACUGGAUGGACUGGAAAAGCUCACAAUAUUAUACAAUAUAUCGGAAGAGAAGAGGCACAGCUGGAAGACCAUGGCAGAAAAUCUCGAGAUCGCUCUGAGACGCGCUGAAGCGAGAAUCGCUGUGUUAAAUAAAAAGCUUAACAUCGGUCCUCAAACAGCUUUUGAUAUCAGUGUCGUUAACCCUGGGAUUUCAAGAAAAGAUUUCGAUGCGAUUACCAAAGAAAAUAUUGCGUUAAAAGAAGCCUUGGAGCAUAUAGUGCCGACAGAACUCGGCGGUAAAGAUGUAGUUUUGAAAAAUCAAGAACUGUAUGAGUUUGUAACAAAACAGCAAGAGGAGAUCAUAGAGAAAGAUAACCAUAUCAGAGAGUUGGAGACGGCGUUGGCUGGUAAUGACAAUGAGCUGGCUUUGAAGGUUAAUGAUCAGACGAAGAAAAUCAUGAAAAUGGAAAGAUCUAUGAAUGCUAAACAAGUCUUCUCUGAAAAAUUGAUGAAAGAAAAUAAGAAUCUGACAAAUCUUUUGGAGAAAAUUAGAAAUCAAGAGCUCAGGAAACAACAUGAUGUUCCUGAUGGACAAGCAUCGGGAAAUGAGAUGAAUGCACAGAUCGCUAAAAAAGCAACAGAUGUAGUAAAUGAAGAACAAGAAAGAAUGUUGAAAGAAUUCGAGGCAAAAGAAAAAAGAAUUUUGGAGUUAGAACAAAAAAUCCAGGAAUUAACUGCGGACAAUGAGAACAAGUCCAAACAGGUUCUGGAGUUAACCAAUGCGCUGCAACAGGCUAAUGAUGUCAAGGCAAAGCUCGAAUCAGAGUUGAGCGAGAGUGUGAAGAAAUGUUCAGAUUUUCAAACAAAGUGCAAUGGUUUCUUCAAGCAAGUCCUGAGUUUGAACAGGAAGCAACAAGAUUCUGAAGAGGAGAUUUCUGAGCUGAAGCAGGCAAUUGAGAAUUUCCGCGCACAAGUCGCCGAGAAAGAAGCCAUGAUGGUCAUGAUGAGAGACAGUUUGAAGACCUACGAAUCUGAUUUUAGAAGUGAAAACGAAGAAAAAGAAAAGAUCCUAAAGCAACUAAAUGAGUCAAAACAAGAAUGUGAACGUCUCAGACGUGAAAAUCAAUCACACAUGGCGACUGUACGACAUUUUGAAAGUGAAAUUGAAAGAAUGAACAAACUAUUAAAUGAGAAAAACAAGAGCAACUCCAACAUUGGUCUUCCAUUCGGCCAACCGUUUGGAUCAAGUGUACCUACCCGGAGUUUCUUCCACGACCGAAACCCAGCGCAAAUGGUCGUGGCUGACGGCGUUGGUGGAGUGAACGAGUCGACUGGUGGCACCCGACAAACAAAUACGUCGAUCAAUCCACCCAAGGCAUCACCAACUCUAAUUGAAUGCCCGUAUUGUUCAAGAAGUUACCCUUACCAUUUAAUUGAAGGUCAUGUACAAGAUUGUAUGGAGGAUAGUCUGUACAUGGACGAUUGAAUGAACUUUAACCGCAAACCACGAAAAAUAUAACCCCAGUUUCCAAUAAUUUCUUCUCUCAAAUUAAAAAAAAAUUGGUGAUUCGCAAAAAAUUGGUGAGACGAACCCGCCAAAAACACACCACGGACGAGAAGCUGAAAUUUUUUUUUCUUUGGAGAAGAAAUUCUUGGGAAACCGGGUGUAUAGCUGAAAAAUGGGGAAGUAUUCCAUCGGUGAUUGGCAGUGGAGGAGAUUUGCGACAAUCAAAUGUGUGGCCAAGCAAAUGAACAGAUUUGUUGUGCAAUUGUGUUGAUUUAUGCUGCUGAUUUUGUUCAAAUUGUUUUUAUGGCUGGUUGACUGAACAGUAUUCCGUGUGAUUGAUGUGAUUUGAGAACAACAGCAACAAGAACAAUCCUUUAUGAGCAAUCAAAUGUGCAAUGAAGAAAAGAGAUCUUGAUAAAAUAAGUCUUAAUCGGGCAAUGUUGGAGCUGGAAUCUUUGGAAAAUCAGCUUUAUUGGCAAAAGCGUUGAAAAGCGGUGUUGAUUGAGGUGAAAGAGAAGAUAAAGAAGAUGGAGUAGAAGAAGGAGGAGGAAGAUAGAAACAAGAUAAGGAGGUAAAAAGGUCAAGAGGCUUGAGAGGGCCGAUAUAUAUAGCGCCGAAUGAUUGGAGUGCGUGUUGACGUUUCAAAAUUGGUUCUAAUUUUUGCGUUUGUAUUUCUUUUCGAAAACGAACUUUUCGGAAAAUCCACAUAUUGCGAUGUCUUUCGAUCUUUUCGAUUCUCAUUUCUGGACUUGCCGAGACAGGGCGGUGAAGCAUCUCCUGACAUGAAAAUGGGGGGAAAAUGAACACCUUAUGCCAUUAGAGCAAGCGUCAUUAUGGACCACGACCGAAUAAUUUAGCUAGGUUUUUUUUUCAAUUGCAGGGUUUGCACCUAGUAUUAUCUACAUGUUCACUAGAUGUUGUAGUGUAAUUUAAGCAUCAUAAAAAAUAAAUAAAUGCAAAAAUGAUGAUGCACUAUUAACUAUUAUAUGUAUGAUUAUAGCCUUCAUUAUUUUAGUAAUAAUACAUACAAUAGUCGCGGUGUUGUUUCUGUUGCGUUGUCAUCUCAUGACUUUGAAUUUUGUUCGUUAAAUCUCAAUUUAUAAAGAUGACGACGUGAAUUUUUGAUUUCACGUUAUUGCAAUAUGCCAUGUCAUCGCAUGACCGUGCAUCAUAUUUAAGUAAAUCAUUCCCAUUACCAUAAAAUAAUAAUAAAAUAUUUUAUUAUUAAUAAUAAUAAAAAUACUUCUACCAUUUGAUUUUAAAACAAAUAUUGUAUAACCAUAGCUAUAAGCUAAAGUACAUCGGUAAUUCGUUUAAAAGAACAUAAAAAGAACUACAAUAGCUUCGUUUUCGAUAUCUGCAUUAAAUUUCUUCAUUUGUUUUUUCAUUUUCACUUAAUUUAGCGGCAAACAAUCUUCACUUAGACCGUAAUGAAUGCUGUUUCGUUUGCGUUUUAUGAAAAAAUAUCUUUCGAUUUGUUCAAUUCAAAUCAUGAACGGUCCUCAUAAAAAUAGUCUUCAUGAAAUCCCUUGAAACUUUAACAAGAUAUUUCUUAAGAUGCCCGUACAUAUUUUUACUAAAGCACGCAUGAAUGCAUGCAUGCAUUGCUUUUUAAAUUUUAAUGAAAACGUGCAUUCAGUCUGCAAGAAUGAUAUUUGGUGUUUAACAUCCUCUAUAAAAUCGGCGAAAGCAAUUACUAGCUAUACUGACAGUCUCUUGCUGUAUAACAAUGCAGAUACCAACACAAAAUGAUUUGACAUAACACUUCACGUGUGUUUUUUUUUCAUCUAACACUAAGCAUUUAUUUCAACCAACUGUAGUUAAUAUUCCGUAGCCCUGUUUGACCCAGUGUAUACGAACUCCAUAGCUCAACCAGAA